AUGGCUUCACUGCGUCUUGCGAUUCCCGUGCCACGCGCAGGUCUCUCGCUUCACUCCAAACAACUUCAACAACGAUGGCUGCUUCCAUCAAUCACCCGUAGCAUAAUUCGCCAUGCUUCGACCGAGAGACCUCCUCCACCCAAACCUCGCGUGUUGGAAAAGCCAGACAAGUUCCGUCCGCCUUCGCAUCCAUCGCGGUUACGGAGCAAGCCCCGCUACAACUAUGGACCGGAUCUCACACAGGAGCAAAAGACGGUUCGCCAGUAUCCGCAUAUGAUGCCUCCGGAGGGUACAUUCAUGCAUUGGUUCUUGACGAACAGGACUAUCCACUUGUACAUAAGCUUGGGGAUUCUCGUGUUUCUAGUCUUCGGUGUGUGGAUCGCUGACUUCCUACACAACACUCCGUAUCAAGAUCUACUCCCCCCCAACAGUAUGGUCUUUUCCCAUCCUUUCCGAUGGGCCGCCCGUUACAUCGAGGUCUAUGACAUGCAUGUUGCGUAUGUCUCGGCGGAAACGAAAGAAAGGCGGAAGCAAAAAGUCGAUGACGUGCAGAAACGCAGCGAGUAUCGCAAAGCACACGGCAUCGCGCAGGGUGAGGGUAUAUUCGGAGGCUGGACUGCCAAAACAGACGAGGAGAGUGUUGGACCUGCGUUACAGAAUGAGGGCGCCAGCCCGAGCUUCUCAAGGGGAGUUGAUUUCACAAAGGCCACGGAAGAUGUUGAGCAAACUGCAGCGCAGAAUUCAAAGGACACCUUUGUCGACUUUGAGGGCAAUACUCAGUCAGCAGAACAGAAGAAGUGGUUCGRGAUCUGGUAG